GUCCCUGUGAGCGGAGGCAGCUUUCUCCUCCUAUCAGCGCCAUUGUGUGGCGGAGUCUCGGGGAGCGAGGACGGCUUGUUCUUCUGGAGCCGACAGGACUCUUUAAAUACCCUCCAUGUUUCUCUUUCAAACUCCGGCGGACCUGGAUGUGAUAUAUGUUCGGUAAAGGUGCGAAGCGGAAGCUGGACGAGGAUGAAGAGGGGCUGGAAGGCAAAACGAUGGAGGCGGCGGUGGCGGGAGGGGGGCUAGGCCUCGGUCCGGAGGGUCUGUCCAAGGUGUCGUACACGCUGCAGCGCCAGACCAUCUUCAACAUCUCUCUGAUGAAGCUGUACAGCCAGCGGCCGCUCGGCGAGCCCAGCCUGGAGCGCCGCGUCCUCAUCAACAACAUGCUGCGGCGGAUCCAGGACGAACUCAAGCAGGAAGGCUCCCUCCGGCCGCUGCUGCUGCCGCCCUCGCCGCCGCCCGACGACCCCAUGGACGAGGGCUACCGCGAGGCGCCGCCGUCCUUCGGCGUGUUGUCGGCGGCGGCGCAGGCGUCCCAGCCGUCGGCGCUGCUGAUGCCGGUGAUCGUUCCGCCGCCUUCGCCCCACCCGAUGGUGCCUCCCAACGGCCAGGCGUCCCCGGUCGGCCCCGGCCGCGUGGAGGCCUGCCUCACUCCGGCCUCGCUACUGGAGGAGGACGGCGGAGACUCGGCCUUUUGUACUCCAUCCCCGCCCACUCCUCCGCUGUCGCCUCCGCCGGCGCAGCCUCCUCCGCUACCUUCGGCGCUCCUGAGCCCCGAGGCGGCCCCCAGGGUCCCCGCGCCCGCCUCGUCCAGCGACGGUUUCCCCUCCGCUCUGAGUGACAUGGAGUUGGACCCUCCCACAGCCAUAACAAGGACAGCAGCAGCUAAUACUACGACCGUGACUACCUCCCCAGCGCCCACGCCACUCGCCCAGCCCCUCCCCCCGGCGCCCACGGGCCCACCCAGAGACAGCCGGCCCGCGGGUGCUAAACAAGAUGCAGCUGGCGUCUUGCUGGCGGAAGUCGCCCGCUGCGCCGAGCUCCGGCCGAUGGACGCUCUGGCCCCCGUCGGCCUCGUAGACAUUUCCUCUUCUUCUUCUUCUUCUUCCUCCUCGCCCUCGGGGUUCCUCUCAGACUUGGCGCUGGACGACGUCCUGUUCGCCGACAUCGACACGUCCAUGUAUGACUUUGACCCCUGUACGACGGCGGGGGCCGUGGGCGUGGCCGCGGCCGCAGCUGGUGGCGGCGGCCUCACCAAACUGUCGCCCGUGGUGACGGCGGACGACCUCCUCAAAUCGCUGGCGUCGCCGUACAGCGGCCCCGCCCCCCAGGUUUCAGCCAAUCAGCCUUUCAAAAUCGAUCUGACAGAACUGGACCACAUCAUGGAGGUGUUGGUGGGCUCGUGACUCGGACACGAGCCCCCCAGAAACACUCAGACAGUUUAAUACGGAAUACAGACUGGAAUGAACCUUCGGGAUUGAUUUUGGGGGGGUUUCCCGUUUGUUGUUUUUAUGUUUUUACUCUCUUCAAAGGUCGGUAAUUGUAAACAUCAAUAGUGAUGUCAGUUAGUACUACUAUGACAACUACUACUACACAACACUGUGCAUGCACUGUGCUCGCCUUUCCAAAUAUGGAAAUGAAGUAACCGGGAAACAAAGACACACAUAGGUUUGUAUUUCUAUACUUGUGAGGACCUCCAACGAUUCCCAUUCAUUCCCUAAUUCUAAUGUAACCCUAGUUUUAAUCCUUAACCUGAACCUAAGCCUUAACCCUAAAAAGUAACUGUAAAUAGAAAAAAAAAACGAGGACCGGCAAAUUGUCCUCAUUCUGGAGGAUUUUUUUGCAAUCAUUCUAUCCUUGUGAGGACAUAAACUCCUCACAGGUAUAUUAAUACAUGUUUAAACACACACAGACACGACACACACACACACACAAAACACACACUGAAUCCAUGGCUUUUAGCAGAUGAGUGCCUUUCAAAAUGACCACUUCUUCAAUUCCUGUUUUUACAGUAUUUGUCUUUUUUUUUUUCUUUCUAGUUUCUCUUCACUUUAACAGCCGAGAGAGGUCACUCCUCAGUGUUUUUUUUUGUUUUAAUUUAUUGUAUUGUGUUAUAAAACUGUUAUUAAGGCAAUUUCUCAUGAUCAAAUAAUAAUUAUUUAAUCUUUUAUCUUAUUACAGAUGCUAUGUUUUAUUUGUAAAGCGAGCAUAAAAGAGGUUUUACGAGGAUGAUACGUUGUUUUACCAGUGAGUGCUACAUUACAUAUUAGCUUGGCUUUAUAAUCACGCUUUGGAAAUAGUUUUCAAUACACACCGCCUGGCUGUUUGUUUGUUAAACUCUUUUUGUAGAAGGAAAUGUCUGUUCAUGUGCACACCAUGUCUAUGAAUUCAGUUCGGGACUUUAUUUUUUUCUUCCCUUAUUGGCAGGCACAUGUAACUGUGCUGGAUACUAUUUUACAUGAGCUCAAGCUGCGGUCUAGUUAUUGUGCUUCAGUUAGAGCGGAAUUCAAAUGAGCUACACCCACGGGGAAAGCUUGUUGUGUUUACACUGGGAACGGCAGCUGCACCACCACCACCAACUCUCCUCAGCCUCCGUUUGGAUGCAGAGGUUCUGAAAAGUCCAAUAGUCAGGUGCAAAUAUGGUUAAACCCUAAAAAAAAAAAAUCUAACAAAAGGUUUUCUCAGUAGUAUCAGAUGUACUUAAAAACAUGCUAAAAGUUUAAUUUUUGACUCCAGGAAAAGCCCCGUUUUACAUAAUUCAGCUCCCAAAUUUACAAAUUUGGCUAUUUUGUGAAAAAAGAUCAGACUGUAUGGAAGAGCUAUUUAUUUGGAGGCAAAGGGCUGAAAACAGCUGUGACACACUCCCUUUAAUCUACCUUCCAAGGCACACAACAAGCAUGUUGCAAGGUUUUUUUUAUUGUGUAUAACAGUGUCACAUAUUUACCAGUAACUUUCAAAACCUCCAGGUCUUUAAAUUGACCAUUACUCCUUCUAGUCGGAGCUAAAUAACUCGUCGGACAAAAGCACCACAUUUUUUCCACAUGCUCUCCAUCACCAUAAGGUAAAAUUUUAUGGUAGGAGCCACUUCAUCAAGAUUGUGGAUUGGAGAUGGCAGCCAUAUUUAUUUAUUUUUUUAAUACUUUUGGAUAGGGACAGUGCACAUUAAUGAACAUCGAAAAACAUCUUUGUAAAUAUGCCGGAUUAUAGCAAAGCUGCAAGUUUGCAUCCGUAGUCCCUAAAAAAAAUAAAAAUAAAUACAAAUAUAAAAGACAGCAAGUACAUAGGUAAGAUACAGGAUAUAACUAUGCAAUAAAAAGUAAUGUUCAAGUCGUCUUAAGUCCAGUUAGUGGUCACACUUUUGAUGUGAUUUCAGCCAUUGUUUUAGAUUUCCUUUAAAAGAAGAGUAAGUGGGACAUUCCCUUAUUGUGUAUUAAAAUCUAUGAGAACCAAUAUGUCUUCCAAGCUACUCAGAAGGCCAAUCUUGGUGUCAAAAUCUACAUUUUCUGGGUCAAAGAAUUCAUUAAAGCUAUUGAGAAUAUCACUAGAUGAUUAUUUGAUCAAAUAGAUUUGUUCAUUUUGGCCAUGUAUUGACGUAAUUUCCAACUCAUUAAUAUAGGUCAUAUAUGCAUACAUUGAAUUGAACUUUAUUAGCUUCACUCGUAUUAUUUAUUACAUUUACGACCACAAAGUUGUGAUCAGUUCCAGUGAGCCUUCCUGCAUGAGCACCUUGCACCACAGACACUUUACAGUUUCCCUUCAGUAAUUAUUAUUAUUAUUAUUAUUAUUAUUAUUAUUUAUCCUUUCUCAUAUGGCUUUGCCUAGUGUUGGUGGCUUCUUUUCUAGUGGUCAGAUUUCGGUAAACUUUUAGUAUGUUAUUACGGACAUCUAAUACUACAAAAAAACAGCUGAGAAACCUUUUGUUAGAAUUUUUUUAGGGUUAAGUGGGUUUUUUUUCCAUAUGUGCACCCGCCUACAUCCUAAGCAGAGACUUUAAGGCUCCAAACACAUUCAAUUUGGCUGUUUAGGACUCAAGACUAACACAGAUUGCAAAGGAGAGUCAUUGUGGUACCAAUGUGACUCCAUAAAACUUCUCAGAAUCACACAAAAGAAAAAAUUCUGUAAAACAUGCCUUAUUUUGGGUUUGGCUCCUACAGAAUUAGCAACAUGAGUGACAGACAAAUUACAGUAUUACACAAACACCAGUUUACUGUCUGGAGAAGAAGCCCUAUAUGCCAAAUCUCAGGGUUCUGCUCACUUCUGUGCAUUGUGCUGCACAGUUUGUUGAUGUUGACCCCAAAGCUCACAGAUUCUCUUUUAACCCUUUGAUGCACAACAUAUUGACCCCCUUUCUAAUGCACAACAUGGGUCAAAAUGACCCGCAUUCAUUCCCCAUGUUAUUUAAUGCUGCUGUGUGUUUUUCUGUGCUCUAUCUUUUGAUAUCAACUUAUUAAUGAUUGAAUAUUCCAAGUAUUCUUUAAAUAUCUUGCUUUUGAUAACAACAGAUUAAUAUUUCCAGUUUUUGUAUUAUUACAUAGCUAACUUCUUGACUAAGUAGCUUGCUAAGGUAACUACUUAGCCAAGAAGUUAGCUAAGUAGUUAGCUUAACAAGCUAAUUAGCCAAAAAGUUAACUAAGUAGUUAGCUCAGCAAGCUGCUUAGCUAAAUACUUAGCCAAGUAGUUAGCUAAGUAGUUAGCUUAACAAGCUACUUAGCUAAAAAGUGGAUAUGGGUCAUUUUUCACCCAUGUUGUGCAUUAGAAGAGUAGUGACACAAAAAGGGAUUUUAUUAAAAAAAUAAUGAAGGAAAACAUAAAAUUAGGAUGUAUGAUGAUAAAAAAAAAAUUGAGGAAAACCUGGAAUACUGAAUGAUGGAAAUAAUUUAUUGCAAAUAUAUAGAACAUAAAAACUCUGUUGGGUCAGUUUAGACCGAUGUUGUGCAUCAAAGGGUUAAACGAUAGCAGGAGGGCUAAAUCUGGCCUUGUGCAUGAUUUGAAUGUGGAUUUCAACUGAAGUAAGAAACCCAAACCACAAUGUUAACCUGAUACUGCAUCCAUGCAACACACUGUUUCAAAACACCCCCCACCCCCUGCACAGGCCACUAUGUAUGCAUGAUUUUUUUUUUGGCACAAAUAGACAAAAUGUGAUGGCAACAUCUUAUAUAAGGGUCACACGAGGACCGCCAAGAUCGACAUGUCUUUUUCCCAGCAGGCCACACACACAUACACACAGUUUUAAAUAGAAUAGAAAUGCUCAGUGUAUCAGUCAAAUGUUCACAGUUAUAAAAUGUCUUGUCUACACAUAAUGUUUGUGAUUUAUAUACAGUUAUGGAAAAAAUUAGUAGCUCACCCUUGUUUUCUUCAAUUUCUUGUUCAUUAUAAUGCCUGGUACAACUAAAGGUACAUUUGUUUGGACAAAUAUAAUGAUAACAACAAAAAUACCUGAUAAGAAUUUAAUUUGAGCUCAUAUUUAGACAUUUACCAUGGUUGUCUUGAUAAAAACCAAAAUCAUAAUUAAAAAAAACAUGGAAAAUGUCUAGAUAUCAGCUCUUAAAUUAAACUCUUAUCAGCUAUUUGUGUUAUCUUUAUAUUUGUCCAAACAAAAUGUACCUUUAGUUGUACCAGACAUUAAAAUGAACAAGAAAUUGAGGAAAACAAUGCUCUCAUUUUUUUUUUUUCAUGACUGUAUACAUAAUUCAACUCCCAGAUUCACAGAUUUAGCUAUUCACUUUCGUGAAAAAAGAUCAGACUGUAUGGAAGAGCUAUUUAUUUGGAGGCAAAGGGCUGAAAACAGCUGUGUCACACUCGCCUAAAUCACACAACAAGCAUGUUGCAAGGGUUUUUUUAUUGUGUAUAACAGUGUCACAUAUUUACCAGUAAUUUGCACAUGAAUUAGACCCACAUGGUAACAACAGGAUAGUUUUAAUUUGAAAGGAAGGCCAGUAGUAAACACAGAGGCAAUACAGCAAAACAAAAAGUUGUUCUCUUGCUGCAAUAUUCAGAAAGACAGAAGCAAUGAGUCAGCAAAAGACAGACUCGCUCACCUUCCCUCUUAAAGUCAGACAAUGCAAUGGGAUUUUUAACUAAUUGGCCCAAACAUUGAUGGAAAAAUCCACCCUGGGAUACUUUAACACAUCACCAGUCAGGACUUACUUUGAGCAGAGGUGUCGUCAUUGUCUCCAGGCUACUUUUGGUGAAAUUGGAUUCUGUCUCACUCUGUGUGAUUGUUAAAUAUCAGUGCAAAACAGUGGCUUUUCAACAGCCCUCAGGUGAUGUUUAAAGCUGCAUCCAUUCACAUCUGGCAACUCAAAACACACCGUGAAACAUAAUCACCCUUACAGUUGUUUUUUGCCAAUGUGUUGGCUAAAGAUUGCCAGGUUACAAUACUGCAUCAGCAUUGGUUUUGAGUUUCUCCGUCACUCUUUCAGACUCUUUUGGUCUCCUCCAUCUGUUGACUGGAGGGAAAUAUCUCUAACUCUAAUCUGCUAAUAUGCUCCACUUUGUUACCAGUUAGUCGCUCACUUUUUUGUGCAACUUUUACGAGAGCUCGUUCACUGGAAACUGCAGCAGAUGAAAGCAGAGUUGUGGGUCAGAAAUGCAAAAGUAAAGAGCUGAAAGAAGCUAAAACACUCUAUAGAACCAUAGACUGUAUGAAAUAUGGACAUAGUCUCCAUGUGGUCACCCAGAGGUUUCUUAAGAGCAGAAAUAAAGAUCAAUGUGGGCUCAUGGCCAUAACUUUAAGCCUUAAUAUGAUCUAAACGGGUAAAUUAUAUAAAAAUUCACCCGCCAUACAGUUGGCAUGAAUGUGGAAAUUAGGCGUGUUUCCAUUGAGUACUUUUUUGAAAAGUGGCUGAGUGUUUUGGCUCCGCCCACUAACCAACAGAGUUUAAAUGUGACAACAGACCGACGCGGCAAUCAGUGUUGCCAACUUCGGGACUUUGUCGCUAUAUUUAACGACUAUUCAGACCCUCUAGAGCACUGGUUCCCAACCUUUUCCUUGAGGGACCCACAUUUUUACCAUUGUAAACUUUGGCGACCCCCCCAUUGUCCAUUGCUUCUAUGAAGCCGAACUCAAUGUAACUUUUAUGGUACCCUUUCUUUUUCUUUGCCAUUUUUCCAGCAGCUCUGUUUCUGUUGUUAGGCGAGGUUACCUGUGUAUACUGCAGGAGGGAUGUUACACAUGUCCUUAUUCUCACGAUAUAGCCUUUGUUUUUAAACUUUUCUAUAGUGAUUUUUCUAUUUAAAUAAAUGAAUUAACGUUUAAUGUAGCCCUUAUUUAGUUGUUUUUGUCCCACUAAUGAAUUAAAUGCUGACUCAUCUAUAUUUAACACAUUGGAUUUAUUACAUCCCUUAAAAUCAAGAGGGCUUCGCUUCGCUUCUUCUUUGGCACCCCCCUUCUGGGGUCGGGCCCCCCCUGUUGGGAAUCACUGCUCUAGAGACUCAAAAAAGCGACUAGCAACAAAUCUAGCGACUUUUUCUGGUGUUAUUGGAGACUUUUGGAGACUCGUUCCUUCUCUUUUUAACGAGUAGCAGGCACCGUCCCAAAGCACUCACAAGCGGCCCAGUCCUCCUGCAGCUGCAGUCAGAGCAGGAGACGUUAACCCCUCAGCGUUCAGUCUGCAAAUGAAUCACACAUGCGCGAAAUCGCCAACUAAACCGUAUCCAAUCAGCGUCAACUAGUUAGUAGCGGCUCAGAAAAGUACCGACCCGAGGCAGGUACUUUCUGACCCGCUAAGUUGGGCGGAUCUUGGGAGGAUCCUUUCUCCCAAGCAACACCCAUAGCGGCUCACUAGAGGGAAAAAUACCUAAUGGAAACUCGCCUAAUAGCUUUGGAGACCAAAACUGGCUGUAAACAUGUUUAUUUUUGCCUUAAAGUCAGGCUUUUUAACAUGGGAGUCUAUGAGGAUUGACUUUUGGAGCCAGCCUCAAUUGGCCAAUUUGGGGGAAUAACUCAACAGAAGAUAUUAAUGAGUGCAGCUUUAAAACUGAGAUUUUAGAUCACUUUAAUAACUACAUAUCAUCUGCAUUUGUCUAACUAAUCACAGCAAUAUAAGAGAAAAGACACCGCAGUGGUCCAGAAACACACAUGAAUGGAUUUUUCCUUCAAAAGUAAUAAACUAAACACUAUUGUGUUUGCCAGCAGAGCCUUGCUGUGGUGUAAAACAGUCUGUUAAUGGUGUUUGUAGCUGGUGGGAGGCAGGAGCUGUUAAUGGGACAGAAUGUGUAAUCUGGAAUCCGGUGUGACUCAUUUCACUGAGCAGUGAGGUCGGGGUGGUGUUAAAACUUGUUCCAAUGGAAGAUCAUUAGUUUCCCAGCAUGCAUUUGACCUCAGCUAGUAUGUAAAUGAACUGAAUUCACAGCGAAGUGUGGAUGAGCAGACAGAAGCACCAACUCCAACUAAAACUGUUUGUAGACGACUGUGUCUUGUUUCUUUCACUAUGUUUGAAUUUUUUUUGGAGUGCUUGUUUUUUUGUCCAUGAAGUUAUUUAUUCAUAUUGUUUUUCUUUUUUUUUCUGUGUAAAUAUAUUUAUUUUUGAUGUGAAGUGAACAUUUGGAUUGUAAAUGUGUGUACAGAAUGUGUGGUAGGAAUGUACUUCAGAUAGGAAUGUAUCUGAGCGUGGAAAUUAUGGGUGGAAGCCAUUUUUUUAUAUACAUAGAUAGUUAUAUUAUCUUUGUUUGUUUGUUGCUUUGUUAUUGGUUUUUUUGUGGGGUGGCGGCCACAACUUUUUACAUCUUUUUGUACUCUUUUCGUUCAUCAUUUUCCAGUUGAAGGCGAACAGUUUCAUGCAGCAAUACUCAAAAAAACAAACAACCCGUCUCCAACCUUCAGAUGUCAAGACUCCAAAGCCUGUCAGUCAUAGACGCUUCAAUGCCAAAA